GCCAUUUUGUUCAAAAGUCACGUGAUCAGUCGCAGCUUCGGGUAAUAUCCGCGGCACGAGGGUGACACCAGAGGCGGUGUUGUUUGUGUCUCUCUCUGUCCCUCUUGCGCACGACGCCGGCGGCGUCAUUAUUUGCAUACGCGUCACGUUUUCCACAGUUGUCAACCGGCGUGGAUUACCGAGUUUUCUUUGUAUCAGUGACAAGUAGCCAAAUGAAACGGGUGACGAUUGGAGUUUUUUUUACUGAUUGUUAACAGUAACUAUUUUAGUGAGUUAUGAAAUUGAAUGAAUCGAUAGUGUUUUUUCGGUUUUCUCUGCAGCGCGAUCUCGGGUUUCUAUCACACGAUUUCCGAUAAUAACAGUGCGUAUAUAUAUAGAUUCAUGUAUUUUGGUAUAUAUUAUUUGUUUUUGUUUGACGGAAACAGCUCAAACAAAUUUUAUUACUCGACAAAGUGGGUAAAGUACGCUAUUCGCGAAUCAAUUAGUUGGACUCAAUAUAAUGAAAUACAGAAUACGGAAUUGCAUGUCAAAUGAAUUCUGAAAAAUCGCAAUGGAUGGUAUAUUAUUCAUGUAGCGAGGAGAGUGCGACGAACGGGGGUACAUAUUAUGUAUAACGAGGAAACUGCAUAGAGAUCCACCGGUUCGCGUGCUCGUUGCCCGGCUUGUUGUUCUCUUGCAUUCGUCGUGAAGCCUCGCGAGCGCGACUAGCGCCGUUGGAGAGAGUGAUAAAAUAAAGUGUCCCGGAUAAAUGGUGAAUUAAUAAUAACGUUAAAUUUUUUGAAUUACGUUUCAAGUGAAUAAAAAAGCACAAACGUUUGAAUUCGAUUGGUAAACGACGAAUGGAGAACGCGUUCGCCAAUCGUCGAAGAAAAAAGUGCGGGAGUAAAUACUGCAAUUAGAAGUAUAAAACGAAACUUAUUUGAUUGUCAAAGCAUCAUUUUCUCGUAGAGUGUUAUGUGACAAUUGACUGGUGUUACACGAGAUUACUGAAUACUACGUUACGAUCGUCGGAAAAUCUUGGCAUACUUCACUUCAGAGUUUUAGAAGAAUAAAGGGGUUUUCGGGGAAACAGCAGUUGAGUGAGGAUUUCCGAGCAUUUUCAACGAAUUCUUCGAGUCGCGGAAGAAACGACGAUGCAAGAACGUUUCAAAGUUACACCAGCCAACACCGCUACUAGCUACGGCUGGCGAAAUGACAUUCAACAGAUACAAAUUUCGCCGGAUCACGAUGAGGGAGAUGGAGGGGGCGCGGGUGACGGUGAUCCCAUCGUCGGCGGGAACUCUGAAAAAAAACCUGGAUACGAGACUAAUCUUUAUCUCUACGAUGAGGAAUCGGAUGAUCGACCACGUAUCGCAACGCUACUCAAUACCCUUUGGAGAUACAGCAACACGAUACCGGCCGCGACCGAUCCGGACAGCAAAGAUGCUCCACCGGCCGGUGGUGACGGCGGCGCCCGGAUGGGGACACUCAUCGGUGUCUUCCUGCCUUGUAUUCAAAAUAUCUUUGGCGUCAUCCUUUUCAUUCGUUUGACUUGGGUCGUUGGAACGGCCGGUGCUAUUCAAGGUUUCUUGAUCGUUCUUUGCUGCUGCUGUGUCACGAUGUUGACCGCCAUAAGCAUGAGCGCGAUUGCCACCAACGGGGUUGUACCUGCCGGAGGUUCGUAUUUCAUGAUAUCCAGAAGUCUCGGUCCUGAGUUCGGUGGUGCCGUGGGAAUGCUCUUCUACACCGGUACUACCCUCGCCGCCGCCAUGUACAUCAUCGGAGCUGUCGAAAUAGUUUUGACUUAUAUGGCGCCAUCGCUGAGUAUAUUUGGAGAUUUUACUAAAGACGCGAGUAUAAUGUACAACAAUUUUCGCGUGUAUGGUACGGGACUGCUGAUGGUCAUGGGCACGAUAGUCUUCAUUGGCGUUAAAUUCGUCAACAAAUUUGCAACUGUCGCCCUCGCCUGUGUCAUACUUUCGAUCAUCGCCGUCUACGUUGGUCUUUUCUACAACGUCUACGGGAACGAAUCUCUUCAAAUGUGCGUUCUUGGGAAACGUCUGCUCAAGGAUAUCGAGAUCAGCCAAUGCUCCAAAAACAGCGUCGAACUUCAAAAAAUUUUCUGCCAUAAUAGUACUCGUCACUGUGAUCCAUACUUUGCCGAGCACAACGUCACCGUCGUUAAUGGAAUUCGUGGAUUAGCGAGCGGUGUCUUUUUGGAAAACAUCUGGGGCAGCUUCCAAGAAGAAGGUCAAUUCAUAGCUUACGGUCAUGACCCUAAGGACGUGGACAAUAUGGCAGAAUCCGCCUAUAACCAAAUUCAGUGUGAUCUGACGACCGCGUUUACCAUUCUUAUUGGUAUUUUCUUCCCAUCGGUAACAGGAAUAAUGGCGGGAUCAAACAGAUCGGGUGAUUUGGCGGAUGCUCAAAAAUCAAUACCGAUCGGUACGAUAUGCGCCAUUCUGACGACGUCAACGGUUUAUUUAUCAACGGUCCUUUUGUUCGCGGGAACGGUGGACAAUCUUCUGUUACGCGACAAAUUCGGUCAGAGUAUCGGUGGAAAGCUUGUAGUCGCAAAUAUAGCAUGGCCGAAUCAAUGGGUCAUUUUGAUCGGUUCAUUUUUAUCGACUCUUGGGGCUGGUCUUCAGUCAUUGACAGGAGCGCCUCGAUUGCUCCAGGCGAUUGCGAAAGACAGUAUAAUACCGUUUUUAGCACCGUUUGCUAAAAGUUCGAGUCGAGGUGAGCCAACGAGGGCGUUGUUGUUAACGGUGUUAAUUUGUCAGUGCGGAAUCCUUCUAGGCAACGUGGACUAUCUCGCCCCGUUGCUCUCGAUGUUUUUCCUCAUGUGCUACGGCUUCGUAAAUUUGGCUUGUGCCCUUCAGACCCUUUUACGCACACCGAAUUGGCGUCCACGUUUCAAAUAUUAUCACUGGAGCCUCUCCUUCAUCGGGCUUUCCCUUUGCAUCGCUAUAAUGUUCAUGACGAGCUGGUAUUACGCCCUUCUCGCAAUGGGAAUGGCAGGUUGUAUUUACAAAUACAUCGAGUAUCGUGGCGCGGAGAAAGAAUGGGGCGACGGCAUCCGCGGCCUCGCCCUUUCGGCCGCGAGAUAUUCUUUACUGAAGCUCGAGGAGGGUCCUCCGCAUACGAAAAAUUGGCGUCCCCAAAUUCUCAUACUCGUCAAACUGAACGAAGAUCUCGUGCCAAAGUAUCGUAAAUUAUUUGCAUUUGCGAGCCAACUGAAAGCUGGACGCGGAUUGACAGUUUGUGUCAGUUGCAUCGGUGGGGAUUACACGAGAAACUCCGGUGAAGCACUCGCUGCCAAACAAUCCCUACGGAAAGUUGCUGAUGAAGAAAAAGUCAAAGGUUUCGUUGAGGUUUUGGUCGCUCGAAAUAUCGUCGAUGGCCUCAGCUCUCUCAUUCAAACAACCGGACUUGGUGGCAUGAAACCCAAUACCGUAAUCCUCGGAUGGCCCUACGGCUGGAGACAGUCCGAGGACGAAAGAACAUGGCGAAUUUUCCUUCAAGCUGUCAGAAAUGUCACAACAGCUCGUAUGGCUCUUCUCGUUCCCAAAGGCAUCAAUUUCUUCCCCGAUUCGACCGAAAAAGUUGUCGGUUACAUCGAUGUCUGGUGGGUCGUUCACGAUGGUGGACUUCUCAUGCUUCUACCAUUCUUAUUAAAACAGCACAGAACAUGGAAAAAUUGUAAAAUGAGGAUAUUCACCGUCGCACAGAUGGAAGACAAUUCGAUACAAAUGAAGAAGGAUCUCAAGAAAUUCUUGUACGAGCUACGUAUCGAGGGAGAAAUCGAAAUCGUUGAAAUGAUGAACUCCGAUAUUUCAGCUUACACGUAUGAACGAACACUCGUUAUGGAGCAGCGUAACCAGAUGCUCCGUGAGCUGCGACUCACAAAACAGGAGUCCCUUGGAGUGGUGCAGACUUUGGUGGACUUCAACGAGGUACAAAAUAUCGUGGAUUCUCAUCACAACGUCGAUGCAAAGACUGCGACGAAAGUCAGAUUUAUGGAGCCAGGCGCACAACAAGCGAACGGUGGUGCCGUUGACGAGGCCCAAGAAAAACUCAUGCCCGAAGAUGGAGCGAGUGCGAAAACGUCUGAGGCUUGUGACAACAGCGAGAAGACGGCGGACGACUGCAAGGAAAUGCCGGAAGAGGAAACACGCCUGAUCAGUGGCUCAUCACCUAAGCCUGAAAAACGUGAAAACACGGAGAAAGAUGCUACUACUAAGGAUUGCGAACAAAAGAGCAACGAGCAAACAACGGAAACUCCGACCGAAGAAAAACCACCUAUAACACCAGACGAGGAUGACGUAAGGCGUAUGCACACAGCGGUGAAACUGAACGAGGUUAUCGUCGACAGAAGUCACGACGCUCAAUUGGUCAUCCUCAAUUUGCCUGGACCACCGAGAGACACCAGAAUGGAACGUGAAUCAAAUUACAUGGAAUUUUUGGAGGUACUCACCGAGGGUUUGGAGAGGGUGCUUAUGGUGCAUGGUGGUGGUCGUGAGGUCAUCACGAUUUAUUCGUGAAGUGAACUAGAAGGAGAUAGAAUAAGUGUCGAAUCGCCAUCGCAUCAACACUCGAGAUCUAGUUUAUUUCUGACGUAUCUUUACGAAUUGACGAUUGCAUCGACGCUACGAUCGCGUCAUUUUUCCAAACCCCGUCACUUACGCUAUGCUCUGUGAAGAGAUUAAAUAACGAAACGACAAAUGAGAUAUGAGAUAAAAGAACAACCAACAACAAAAAAACGAGACUAAAAAAUCGUAACAACUUACGAAGAGAAAAGAAGAAGAAUCUGAACCGACGAUUUAAUCGAAUUGGGCCAUGGACACGGCUGAGCUCUACUUUCAUAGUGUGGUUAAGUUGACGGGAAUUGUCAUCCCUGACUAUUAUUAGAUUUAAAGCGAAAAGAAGAAAAAAAAAAAAAAAGUAAUGAGAAAGGCUUUAAAAAAGAGGAAAGAGAAGCGCGUUCCGCGUUGAAAAUUCGAUUGAAGCUUACUUAACUUCUGGCUCGGUGGCACACCCGGAGCGUCGACUCCAAGUGUGAUUGUUGUGAUGCUUCGAUCGAACGCGAUGCCAAACAAAAUCUUAAUGAUACAUAUGUUACGUGCCAAAGGAUAAGUUUACUUUGAGUGGAUUUUCCGGGAUCAGCGUUGAAGGCGACAGAGAAAUUAGAGUUCGGGGAGGGGGUCCAGAGGAAAGAUUUCGAUUGAACGGUAACAACUUUUUAUCGAACUUUUCAAAAUGUAUCAACACACGGUGCUUCGUAACUUUCUAGAACUCGGACAUAAAUAAAAAUAAACUUGUCAAUUCUGUAUGCGGACUGCGUCGAAUUCCGAAAAAUAUGCGGGGAAAAAAUUUGUUAUGAGAGAAAGAAACAUAUGCGGAAAUGAAUCAGAUCAACUCACUACACCUAUCGAAGGAUUCUCUCGCUGCCCCUCUCCUCCUCUACUUCUCUCGUAAAUGCGAUAGACCGCUCCGCGUAACCCGAGUAAUCCUCGUUCGUGAAAUAUUUAUGUAUGCACAUGCAUGGGAUUCUCUUCUCCGAAAAGACCUGGCGCCUCGAUCAUGAGCGUUUUAAUCGUUCUAAUUAAUAAUUUGACCACACGAAAUCGUUGACAAUUUUAAGCAAAUCAAUUAUUCGCAUUAACGCAAUAGCCCCCUUCACUCUUUUUGUGAUAAUUUUAAUGUAAAUUCAUUCCUCGAUAAGUAGGUUCAAAGCUGUUGUUGUUGUUGUUAUUAUUGUUAAUUAAUUAAUCAAAAAUUAUGCUAUUCAAUAAUUUUGUUAUUCUCCGACGAUUAGUAGAGAAUUUAUCUCUUUUAUAUAUAUUGUACGUGUAUUAAAAAUUGAAAAGGACCUUCCUCAGGUUUUUCGAAGUAUAUCUAACCCAUUUGGACGUGUCUUUGUUGAUGAAUAAAACUGGGCAGGCACAAUUUGCCCUAGUAUGCGCCGGUAUCAUGGAAAAACAUGUUUUUAAAUCGCGAGUAUUAAAGCCAAGUCAAUUUGUAGUUGAGUUUCCCAUGUACAUGUGAAAACAAUGAAUAUGUAUAAAAAUUAUAUACUUGUAUAUAUUUAUAUAUUUAUUCCAAUAUAAAUAUAUAUAUUUAUAUAAACUUGUGGCUGAAACUAAAAUCAAAAUUUGGUCCGAGGCUAAGGUCGAAGCAUCUACGAAACCACUGCCAGAAAACUUUCUAAAUGCUUCGCGUUUAACCAAAGACGCUAGAGGCUCAUUUUUCUACAUGCGUUGUCGCUAGAGAGAAACAAUAAAAACCAUAUACAUAUAUAUGUAUACAUAUAUACGUAUAUAUGUGUGCGUACGCGUGUGUGUAUGCGUGUGUGUGGGAGUGGGUGUAUGCGGGUGUGGGUGUGUAUAUACAUAUAUACUUAUAUAUGUGUAUAUAUAUACUAGAAUAUGUAUGUCAUUAUUCUACCGCUUAUAUAGGACAUACUCCAAUAAUGAAGUGACGAAAGUAAAGAGGAAAAAAAAGCGAAAACCAAUAAAUAGCUAUGAAAGAAUGAGAAUUGAAAAAAAAAAAAAAAAAAAAAAAAGAGGCAAAUAUUAUAAAUGUUGUAACGGACGUAAAAAGUAGAGAGAAAAAACUCGCAAUUGUGCGGAAUAUACAUACAUUAUAUCUUUUUUGUCCUUUUUCAAAACCUUCAUUAUUUCUAUUGCUCUUAUCUUUCCUCCUAUGAUGAUGAAGAUGCAUAAAGAAAAAGAGAAAGGAAAAUGAGAAACACGUAUCCAUUGUAGAUCUUCGCACUCUGACGUCUGUACUCUGUCCAAGGCGGCCUAUCGGUCGAAUUGCAACUCGAGCACAUCAAAAAGCCUGAUCAGAUGAUUUACGAAAAAUUGAUGAAACAAAAACGAUAUAUAUAUAUAUAUAUAUAUACAUACGUAUUUUAUUUGUCGAGAGUCGUUUGUAACGAUGAUUCGACGAGAGCCACGCAAAGUGCGAUACAAGUUCUUUGAGAAAUGUGCAUUAAAUGUAAUAGAAAGACACUUCGUUACACGCCUAAACGUGUAAAAGGUGUCAUUAUAUUAUCUUUGAAAUCCACAUUUGUGGAAAAACAUUCAAACAAAACACACAAGGACAAAAUACAACGUAUAUAUAAUAAAUAUAUAAAUAUAUGAAUCGAAUGCGUGUCACGCUCAUAACGCAUGGCUUAGUUUCGAGCCAAUGCCGCACUCUAGAUAGGCACUUUAUAGUUGCGUGAUGAGGAAAAGAAAAAAUAUGGAAAACAAAACAAAAAAAAUACAAAAAACAUGUGGAAAAUUGAUCAAGUCUUUUUAAAACGAAAUCUCGUAGCAUGCCGUUUUUGAUUGAUCCGUUCGUUGAUAUACCACAUUAUGUAUCAUCUAAUUAAUCGGUGUCUGUGAAACAAGCGAUAAUACAAAAAAAAAAAAAAAAAAAACAAAACCACGUGUACUAGACCGCGGUUCGAAAGCGAUGAAAAAAGAAAAGCAAAACAAACCAAAAGUACGACGGUGGUCAUUUUUGCAAAUUUGAAUGCUCCUCAAGAUUCUCCGGAUGUGAUACAAAAGAAGAAAAUAAAUAUUAGAUAUUGACCACUUUGAUCAGUGACAGUUCCGUCAACUCCUCGUGAGCUCUUGUUUCGUUGUGUGUAUCACGGGAAUCUCGAUCGGUGAUAAAUUUGGAAAAUAAAGACUGCCUGUGAACCGGUCUAACGAGCGUGAAAUAUGAUAACGAAAAGUGACCCGUAAAAGGCACUAAAGAAGUAAGAUGAAAUGAGAAAAAACAAAUCGAUGGGUGACCUGCUUCGAUAAAAGGGAAUUUUGACGACUUGAGAAUGUUUUAAAGGAGCGUUGAACAAUGAGAAGGUAAAUUUUAAGUGUGUGAAAAGCGACGAGGGACUAGGACACUAUUUGAAAAUUAAAUGUGAACUCACACUGGUCGAUGUAAGAUGCACAGACUACCCAGCAAUAGUAGCUAGGAAAUCGAAAGUACAUUAUUACGAUACGACAUUCUAACGAGAUAUUAUUCGACAGGUUGACAAUUACUUAUAACUUUAAGUAAGUUUAAAGAAAAAAUAUUUAAAAAAAUAAUAAAUUUAAAAGAAGGAUCUAAAAAAAUUAUAUAAAUAAGCAAGCUAUUAGCGUUGAAGUAUUAGGUCGAUUGACAGAGACAGCGCGUCAUGUGUCGUGACAAAAUUUACUACACAUACGGCAGGUAUAAAGAUAAAUAAAAAGAAGAACAAUAUGACAAAGAA